AUCAUGUCCAAAGCAUCCCAGCCAGAGCUCAAAAAGUUUAUGGACAAGAAGCUCUUUGUCCAUCUACAGGGCGGCCGCAAGGUCAGUGGUACCCUCCGCGGUUACGAUCUUUUCCUCAACCUCGUCAUCGACGACGCGAUUGAGGAGACAACUCCUGCACAAAAGCACCCUAUUGGAACUGUCGUAAUUCGCGGAAACAGCGUCACAUCCAUGGAAACGCUGGAAAGUCUCCGAUAGCGAUCUUCACAUUCCUCGAAUUCUACGAUGCCCAAGAAAGACAUUCCUGACAAAAGUGCUACCAGGCAAUUGGACUGAUGAGGGUCAGAGCGUUCGUUGCCCACAUGUAUAUCUUCGCUUUGACAAGGAGCGUCCGAAUAGCCAUCGGUUUGUACGAUUUAUCACCCUGCUCCCUGCAUUCUGGCAGCGCCGCGAUGUCUCUGCACUUCAUCUUGUUGUUUCUGCAGUAUCACACUCCCGAAAUCACUUCCAUUCU